AUGGCCCGGCUGCCGCGGCCCGCGCUCGGCCUGCUCGUGCUGCUGCUGGGCGCCGCGCUGCGGGGCCAGGAGGAGCCCCAGACGCCCGACUGGAGGGCCACCCUGAAGACCAUCCGCAACGGCGUGCACAGGAUCGACACCUACCUCAACGCCGCGCUCGACCUGCUGGGCGGCGAGGACGGGCUCUGCCAGUUCAAGUGCCGCGACGGAUCUAAGGCUUUCGCACGUUACGGUUAUAAACCCUCCCCGCCGAAUGGAUGUGGCUCUCCACUAUUUGGUGUUCAUCUGAACAUCGGCAUCCCUUCCCUGACCAAGUGCUGCAACCAGCACGACCGCUGCUACGAGACCUGUGGCAAGAGCAAGAACGACUGUGACGAGGAGUUCCAGUACUGCCUGUCCAAGAUCUGCCGCGACGUGCAGCGGACGCUGGGGCUGGCCCAGCACGUGCAGGCCUGUGAGACGACAGUGGAGCUCUUGUUCGACAGCGUGAUCCACUUAGGCUGCAAGCCCUACCUGGACAGCCAGCGCGCUGCCUGCAGGUGUCGCUAUGAAGAAAAGACAGAUCUUUAAAGAAGACGUGGCAGGUGGUGGUCAGUAAUGAGGACGGAAGAACUUAACCCUUGACAGGGAGCGAAUGUGUUUGCAGCGUAACCCCGCCUUAUUUGUGUGAAGGGAUUGCUUUAAGACCUCAUUUUGGCAUUAAAACUUCAAAGUAACCCAAAGGGGGCAGGUUUCUCCCUGGAUCUUGCUGCCUUAGUGUGCCAAAUGGUUCUGACCAGUCUCGUGCAUGUUAAGGGGAGAUUUUUUUUUUAAAAGAAAGUUUGUUACUCUAUUUCCACUGCCAUAUUUACCCCCCAAAUGAGGUCAGAUUUAAAAAUCUUGGUAAGGUAUGAUGUUCAAUGUUACCUUACUUGGAAAUACAGGGAAAUCUUCAUUUAGAAGCAUAUUUUAGAGUAUGUAUAAUUUUAAAUGUACGUUUAUGCCUGGAAGGGCCUGGCUUUUUUCCUAUUUUAAUUAACACAUGAUAAGCUAUUUUUCUGUAGCCCACUCAGCAUAUGAAUAAGUCACGCCUCUGUUAUGACAGGACUAGAUACAAAGACUUCCAUGUCUCUCUCCUAUAAAACUGGACCCAUCAGCUCUUAGGGUGCCACACCAUGAUCUCUAGGUGUUAUUGGUACGACAAGACGGGAACAUGGAAGAAAUUCAGAAGCACAGCUGCUCCCAUUUUAUGGAUCCCUUCCGAGAAAUGUCGUGUUUUGCUAUGACCUUUGCCUAACUUGGAGAGAAGACUGCUUGAAUGAGACAGCGCAGAGCCAUUCGGCAUACCUGUCAGAGCAGUGUAUGCUGCUAUGCUGUGGCGUUUAUUUCCUGACACAUGUUCCUCACAGUAGAUUCUGGGAUAUCUUUAAAAGACUGUAAACUUUUAUUGAUACUAAUAAAAAUUGUUCCUGAUAUUGCUGGUUUUUCUUCUUAAGUUUCU